AUGGGCUUGCAGCCACUAUCUAAGCGCCGGACUGCUGCCUGUGACCAUCUGCUGUGCCGCCCCCUCAUUUGUGUCAAAUGUGUCGUGACUUUACAGCUCAUUCAUCAUAAAGUCUUGUUGAUUCCCAUCAUUCGUGUCUGCACCUCACUCUCCCUGUCGAAUCCAAAGACAACCAUGAAACGAUCUGGAGUUUAUGAAGAAGACAGCUCGGCGCCAAAAAGAGAUCGGCAGGACGCUGACGCUGGUACCCCAUUACCCUCUCGACCCAAGGAACACAGUCCAGACUCAGAUGAGAUCAAACGCAAAGAAACCCUUAGCUGGCUCACCUCAGCCAGCCAUGCAAUAAAGCAUGCCAAUUGCUCUGCUCAAUAUCUCCAAGGGUCUAGCCGAUGGUUUUUGACAUCCCCGCAUUUCACUUCAUGGUUUGGAGGGCGUGAAAACGCACUCUUCUGCCCCGGUCCUCCAGGAUGUGGAAAGACCGUUUUGGCUUCCAUCGUCAUCGACUACCUCCGAGCGACACGGAAGAGCAAGUCUACAAAGAUUGCCUUCAUAUUCUGCGAAGAAAAUUCUCGGCAGGAUCAAAGCGCUUCCAGCCUGCUUGCUGAGUUGCUGAAACAGUUGGUCGAAGAAGACGCGUCGCUUCCGAUAGGUGUUCGGACCCUAUAUGGAAGUCGUCCAGAAGCUUCGGAACUGUCCAAAAUUCUUCGCUCCGUAGCGUCUCGGUGCGGCAGGGUCUUUGUGGUGGUAGAUGCCAUCGACCAGUGCUCGAAUCAGGUCCGUGAAGAACUCUUGGACGCCAUAGACCAUCUACGGGGAGAAUCCAACACGGCGUUUCUGGUGACAUCGCGUAAAGAGCCAUCCAUCGAAAAGCUCUUCGCAGAUUAUUCCCGUUUGGACAUGCAGGCUUCGGAUGAAGACAUCGGGGAUUACGUGGACAAGGAGAUUUCAACGCGGCUGGACUGGCUGGAACAAUCGGAAUUCAGUCAAAGGAUCCGAGAAGUACUCGUAGAGACUGCGAACGGCAUAUUCCUCUCUGCACGACUCUGCGUAGAGUUGCUCAGCGAUAGACUCACGCAAGAAGAGGCCGAAACCGAGUUGACAUUCAUCAAAAGCUUGACCAGGAAUGGAGGGGUAUUCAGGCAGCUGUAUGCCCGGCUGGUAGGUACAAUCGACUGCGCCGGAGCCAGGCACCGGACCUGGGCCCACCGGCUUCUAGCCUGGGUGUUCCACAGCAAAGACCCAUUGACAGUUGCAGAAUUACAGCAUGCGCUGGCAAUAAGAGAAGGUGUCGAGGGGCUGUGCAAAGAUCGCCUGGUAUCUGUUGACAAGAUAUCUACUUUCUGUGCUGGCUUGGUGUCGGUGGACUGCAAGAGUGGACUUGUGUAUCCCGUGCACAAGUCAGCCCGCGAGUACUUUGCAGAAAGCCCGCCGAGUUGGAUGGCAGGAGCGCGACUGGACCUCGCACGCGCGUGCUUGGCCUAUCUACAACUCGACCGUCUUGCAGGAGGACCAGCAGCAACUCUGGAGCAGUUUGAAAGGCGGCUGUCGGAGAUGCCUUUUCUUUCUUACGCAGCCAACAACUGGGCUGGCCUUGCACUGGGUUUCCACGAAGCUCUUCUCCGACCAGCGACUGCAUUCCUUCUGGACAAUGCAUUGACGGCAUCAGCUUGUCAAGUCAUGUUCUCGCCGCAGAACUUUGGCGGAAAGUACAUCAUGGAGAACUACACAAUCAAGCACGCACCACACGGCUGUCACAUCCUCGCUUUCUUUGGUCUGGCUGAUUUGCUCGGCCUUGUACUUGGCGGAAUCCAUGGGUCCUGGGAUAUCAUCGACGAGAAGGAUCCAGAGGGACUGACACCACUCGCGUUGGCUUCCAUUCACGGACGUCCGGAAGUGGUGGAGCUACUUCUGAAACUCGAAGAAGUCGACCCCAAUUCGAAAGACCCUUAUAAUGAGACACCUCUGCACCACGCGGUGUGCAAUGGCAACACAUCAGUUGUCAAGACGUUGCUGGCCUCGGAGCGGGUGGACGCGAACUACCGAGGUUGCGAGCACGGGAUCCCGCCCUUCCACUUUGCAAUCGGCGGUGAGGACAAAGCUCUCGUCAGAAUGAUGAUGGACGAGUUCAAGCACCGCAUCGACUUCAACGCACCGGACCGAGCGCGAUACACGGCGAUGCACAAGGCUGCACAUUGCGAGGAUUCGGACAUGAUGGAAAUCCUUUUCGAACUGGGCAAUGGCUAUGUCGAUUUCAACGCCAAGGACAUUGACGGAUGGACCGCUCUUCACCAUGCCCGAUUCUACAAAAGCGUUGCCGUACAGCAGUUUUUGUACACACAGAAGGAUGUGUUCGACGUUGACGUCGUAGCCUACUGCGGCUGGCAUUCGGGACUGGAUACCAAAAUCACGACUGGACGGUACGAGCAAAGGAGAGGGAAGAGCCCACACCCUCUUGUUUACUAUCUUCAAAACAAGCCGUAG